ACAACGUUCGUUCGCUUCCCGGAAACGGAACUUCAACGCCAACGUUUUCGCCAGCUCCAAAUGUUGGAAGAAGUAAACGAAGUUAAUCCAAUCGUAUAUGUCCGAUGAUAUCUCCCAGGAACACCCGAGAAACCCGAGAAGAAGGACUAGGCUCCAGUUCGAAUAUUCUCGCCCGUGCUCUUUCACCCUGUCUCUUUCCCCUUCCUUCAAAAACCAGAGAGGGACCGUGAGACACCAUUGCGAUUACCAAUGAAGUUCUGGAAGAUCCUGAAGAGGCUGAUCGAUGAGGCACAGCCCGAUUGGCGUGACAAGUUCUUGUCCUACAAGGACUUGAAGAAGUGGCUCAAGCUCACUUACCCGAAAGACAGCAGCGUGCGCCAGGUCAAGCGCCUACGCCUGGAUUCCGUGGAGGCGGAAAAGGCAGUCGAAUUUGUGGAACUGUUGGAUGGCGAGAUCAACAAGAUCAAUGAGUUCUUCAUGGACCAAGAGGAAGGGCAUAUCGUCAAGUGGGAGGCAUUGCAAGAUCGGGUAGCAGAGGUCGAGGGCAUGGACAACAAGCUGAUGGAAGUGCAUAGAGAAAUAGUGGAUUUCCAUGGAGAAAUGAUUUUGCUGCAGAAUUACAGCGCUAUUAACUGCAUAGGGUUAGUGAAGAUAAUAAAGAAGUACGACAAGCGAAGUGGCGCGCUGAUCUGCUUGCCUUUCAUCCAGAAGGUUCUGCAACAGCCAUUUUGCAGGACAGAUGUGCUCAAAAAGUUUGUGAAGGAGUGCGACAUAAUACUCAAUCAACUUCCCUUCAAGAAUAACCACCAGAGGAUCAUGGAGAGCGUGUACAAGAAGCUCACUUUAUCAGCUUUGCGUGUAUUUGAGGAGAUUCAGAGCAGGAGCUCAACAGUGAGCACGUUCUCGCUACCGCCUCUGCAUAAUAAUCAAAAGGGUGAAGAUUAG